AUGGAAAUUGGUUCUUCAAUUGCUGCCGCUCGCGAUCAAGUUGGUUACCUGUUUCAUUACAACGACAACAUUGAAAUCUUGAAAAAGCAAGCUAAGAAGUUGGCAGAUAGCAGAUACACGGUGCAAAAGAAAAUCAAAUUUGCUGAAAGUAAUGGAGAAAUAAUCUUGGUUGAUGUCCAAAGUUGGAUAGCUGAAGCUGAUGAUAUUUUCGCAAAAGCUGAGAGCUUUUUGGAAGAUGAAAACAAAGCAAACAAGAGGCGUCUCAAAGGGUGGUGCAUUCUCGGACAACGCUAUCGGUUCAGUAAGGAGGCAAAGAAGCAUACUUUGGUGAUUUCUGAUCUACUCCAGGAAGUGGGAAUGUUUGAGAGUGUGUCUUGUCCUGCUCCUCCAUCUGGAAUUAUAUCGUCAUCGAAGUUAUUUUCUUCAGGCACUUUUGAAUCUAGAAAUUCAAUUAAGAAGCAAAUCCUGAAGGUGUUAAUUGAUGAUCAUAAUGUCAGCAUAAUUGGAAUAUGUGGGAUGGGGGGCGUGGGUAAGACCACGCUAGUGAAAGAAAUCAGCCAACAAGCAAAAGAAGAAAAAAUAUAUGAUGAAGUAGUGAUGGUGGUUAUCUCUCAAACCCCGAGUAUUAUGAAGAUUCAAGGCGACAUUGCUGGCAUGUUAGGUGUAACAAAGUCCUUGCCGCCUAAUUCUGAAUUAGCAAGAGCACAUUUCUUGUGGGACAAAAUCAAGGAGAAAAAGCACAUCUUGGUAAUACUAGAUGAUGUUUGGGAAAGAAUUGAAUUGAAUGACAUUGGUAUUCCUUUUGGGAAUGAUCAUCGCGGUUGUAAAAUUGCUAUCACCUCUCGAAGCGAAAUUGUGUGUAAUCAAAUGUCUUGUCAAAAGAUAUUUACAGUUGAAAGUUUAUCGAAACAAGAAUCUUGGGUGCUUUUCAGAGAAAUUGCUGGCUCGAAUGUCGAAACAACUGAGAUAAGCCCAAUUGCAAGAGAUGUAGCUGCUAAAUGUGAUGGCUUGCCGAUUGCUAUUGUGAUAGUAGCAAGAGCAUUAAAGGACAAGAACACUAGUGUUUGGAGGGACGCUUUGCAACAACUUAAAAGGUCUACCCCAUCAAACAUCCCAGGAAUGGAGAGAAACAUUAUUUCAUCUCUAGAAUUGAGCUUCAAUUAUUUGGAAAGUGUGGAGAAAAAAACACUUUUCUUAUUUUGUAGCUUAUUUCCAGACGAUUACAGAAUUCCAAUUGAAGAUUUGGUUAGAUACGGGAUCGGUUUACGGUGGUUCAAAAACGUCGAUGAGAAGAUAGAAGAUAUCAGAGAUAGAAUCUUUGGUAUUGUAAGUACCAUCACCUCUUCUUUUCUCUUAAUUGAUGAUGGUGAAAAAUUUGUUAAAAUGCAUGAUGUUAUCCGUGAUUUUGCAUUAAUGAUAGCUCCGAAACACAACCAUAGAUUCAUGGUAAAAGCUGGCCUUGGAUUACAAGAGUGGUCAAAUGGAGAUACAUUUGAAAAUCUCACAUGUAUCUCAUUGAUGGCAAAUAAUAUUAGGGAGCUACCUAAUGGGUUGGAAUGUCCAAAACUGCAGGCUUUGUUACUGCAGAAUAAUUUUGAUUUGGUUGUCCCUAGUAAUUUCUUUCAAGGUAUGAAAGAUCUCAAAGUUUUAGAUUUGAGUCAAACUAAACUCUUGCCAUUGCCUGAAUCACUUUCAUUUGUCUCAACUAUUAGAACACUAAAUCUUAGAAGUUGCAAAUUGGGGGACCUAUCAGUGAUUGGAAAUCUAAGUAAACUAGAGAUUCUUAGCCUUUCCACAUCUUCUAUGAAGGAGAUCCCCGUAUCCUUUAGUCAAUUAAGUAAUCUUAAGUUGUUAGAUCUGAAAGGUUGUUCAAAGUUAACACUAAUACCUUUUGGUGUUAUAGCCUCUCUUACAAAGGUAGAGGAGUUGUAUAUUAAUAGUUUUAGGCAAUGGGAAUCUGAAAGUGAAAAUUUGAAAAGCAAUGCCAAACUUGUUGAGUUACAAGCCUUGUCUCGAUUGACUCAUUUAGAGAUUUAUAUUUCAAACCUUGACCUCACACCAAAAUUGUUGGUAUUCGAAAAUAACCUGUCCAACUUUAAAUUAAAAAUAGGUUAUUGUAAAUAUAGUGAUUAUUUUUGGGAUGAGAGUAGAUACUCAAGAAAUAUGAAGCUCUCACAAACCAACAUUUCAAAAAUUCAUGAUUGGGUUAAAGGUUUGCUCAAAAGAACUGAGUUUCUAGUUUUAGAGAAAAUUGCUAAUUUAGAGAGCAUUAACCAUAACCUAGUUGAAGAAGGGUUCAAUGAAUUGAAGUAUCUUGAUAUUACAUCAUGUGAUGAGAUAAAGUAUCUCCUAAGUACUUUCGAAUGGACACCAAGCUUAACUUUCCACAAUUUAGAGGAAUUGGGUAUCUAUGACAAUUACAACUUGGUUGAACUAUGUCAUGGACAACCUCCAGCCCAGUCUUUCAGUAAAUUAAAAGUUUUAAGAGUGAGAAGGUGCCACAUGAUGUUAAAUGUUGUACCAAGUCAUUUGUUACAAAGCUUUCAAAAUCUUCAAACUUUCACAGUAAGAGAUUGUGGAUCAUUGGUGUAUAUAUUUGAUUGUAAAGAUAUUAAGAUUGCAGAGGGAGAAACCAAGUUACUCUCAUCGUUUGAGAAUCUAAGAUUGGAAUCUUUGCCAGAGUUGUCACAUAUAUGGAAGGGAGACCAUCAAUCCAUAAGCCUUCAUAACUUGAAGAAAGUAGUACUUUGGUCAUGCAAUAAGUUAAUAAAACUAUUUUCGCCAUCUCUGCUCGAAACCCUUAUUUGUUUGGAAGAAAUACAUAUAAAGUUUUGCAAUGAUUUAGAAGAGAUCUUUGAGAAGAAAGAAGUUUUAUAUGAGGAGUUAGGCCACACCAUAACCUCCCCAAGUUUGGGAAACCUGGCUUCUAUUUACAUAUUUGUUUGUCGUGAAUUAAAAAACCUCUUCACCCCUUCCAUUGUCAAAUGCCUAGUGAAGCUCAAAUAUCUUCAAGUAAGCUUUUGCCCAAAAAUACAGGAAAUAGUCACAAAUGAGGAAGGGGAAAAAGAAGCAUCAAUAGAGAAGAUAGGGUUUCCUAGUUUGUACCUCUUGGAACUUCGAGGUCUAAACAAUCUCACUUGUUUUAGCUCUGGAUCAUAUACUAUUGAAUUCCCAGCAUUGGAGAGGCUAGAGAUAACGGAUGUCGAAAAAUGA